AUGCUGCGGUUAGCAAGGCCUGUUGGCGCCUCUGUGCGUCGGCAAUUGCUUGCCCAAGCUGCUUUGUCUCAGAGGAGGGCAUUUGCGGAUAGAAAGGACUCGAUCUUGAGUUCUGACCCGGCAUUCCUGCCAGGCAGUCAAUCUGGCGCUGUUCCUGUCAAGACAGAAGUUCCCUUGGGACCCGGCGGGCCUGGCAGCCCAGCUCCUCAACCAUCCACCUCAACAUCUGCCACGCCAGCCUCACCUUCUUCAAACUCGACCAUUCCUCCUCAGAAUGUCCCGCUCGCGCCUCCAAGCCCGCCAAAGACGCAGACGGCUCCUCCCACGACACCGGCGUCCGUCAGUCCAGCCGAACCGCCUCCUCCACCCCCUCCUCAGAAGCCACCGACACCGCGGAAAAGGUUCUCCCGAUUUCGCCUGCUACUCUACCUGAUUACUUUAGGUGCCAUCUCGUACGGAGGUGCCGUUUUCUAUGCAUUGAGGAAUGACAACUUCCACGACUUUUUCACUGAAUACAUUCCAUUCGGAGAGGACGCUGUCCUAUAUUUCGAGGAAAGGUCAUUCCAGAAAAGAUUUCCGCACGCCAGGCAUAACGUCACAAGGCCUCCUCGCGCAGAUGGGCGGUUGGAGGAGAGCAAAGUCACCACAAUUCCCCAGAAGUCCGGGCUCUCAUGGCGAGCCGUAGAUGACGCAGAACAAAAGGGAAGCGACGUUACACAAAAGGGCAAGCAUAUGAGUGCUUUGGAUGCCAACCCAGUGGUGACCUCUAAGGACGCUGCCGAUGCCAAACAAGAUCCACACGGUGCAACACCCAAAGAGAGAAGUGUCUCAGUUGACACCGCGAAGAAGAGUGCAGCAGCAAAACAAGAUGGCAAACCGGAAACUACACCUGCAGCUGCACAAGAUACCUCUUCGCCGCUGUCAGAGGCUGCCCCAGCAACUGAUUCGCGACCACCCGCCAUUCCCCCAGUCACGCAUAUCUCUCCAGUAACGGUGCCCAACGCCGAAGAACCCGUGGUACAAGAGCUGGUCAAGAUCGUUAAUGAUCUCAUUACUGUUGUGAACUCGGAUUCCGCCGAUGCUGCCAACAAGUACUCCGCUCCCAUGGCCAAGGCGAAGGAAUCUCUCGAAGAGGUUGCAAGCAAGAUCACCGUACUACGUGAUGCAGAACGCAAGGCCGCUGAGGAGCGUAUUGCCCAGGCACAUAGAGAGUUUGAAGAAGGGGCCAAACAACUGCUGAAGAGGAUUGAGACCGCCCAGGCAGAGGACGACGCCCGCUAUCAUGAAGAAUUCGAGACUGAGAGAGCCCGUCUCGCACAGCUCUACGAGGAGAAGGUGAAGACCGAGGUUCAGCGGAGUGCUGAGCUCGCGGAACAAAGACUCAGGAAUGAGCUCGCCGAGCAAGCCAUCCAGCUGAAGCGUGACUUUGUUGCUCAGAUCAAAGACCUGGUGGAGUCGGAGCGACAAGGAAGAUUGAGCAAGCUGUCUGAUCUCAGUACUAACAUCGACAAUCUGACAGAACUUACGUCGAACUGGAACGGCGUGAUCGAUUCCAACCUCGCAACCCAGAAGCUGCAGGUGGCUGUGGAUGCCGUCCGAUCUGCGCUUGACGCAAGCGCCGCCUCAGAUGCGAAGCCUCGCGCUUUCGUGCGUGAACUGGCCGCUCUCAAACUCUGUGCCGACGGUGAUCCCAUUGUCGACGCCGCCAUUGCUUCCAUCAACCCUUCCUCAUACCAGAAGGGCAUCCCUUCGCAGCCGCAAUUGAUCGACCGCUUCCGCCGUGUGGCACACGAAGUCAGAAAAGCAUCACUCCUCCCCGAGAACGCAGGCAUCGCAUCGCACGCCGCCUCACUAGUACUCUCGAAUGUGCUUUUCAAAAAGCAUGGGCAACCCACGGGCGAUGAUGUGGAGAGCAUCCUCACUAGAACAGAAACCAUGUUGGAAGAAGGCGACCUCGAUGGUGCGGCAAGAGAAAUGAACUCCCUCCAAGGAUGGGCGAAGGUCUUGAGCCGGGAUUGGUUAGGUGACGUGAGGAAGGUGCUUGAGGUCAGACAGGCGCUCGAUGUCAUCGAGACAGAAGCUCGACUGCAAUGCUUGCGGGUCGGAUGA